AUGGCUCCUACCGAAGAUCGGAUAACCUGGAACAACGAGAAUAUUGUAAUAUUUUGUGAUGUUUGUAUCGACUAUAUUGCUAAGAAUAGACGUGGUCAACUCAUGAGAUGGAAAGAGAUAGAAGAUUUGUUUACAGAAAGGAUCGGUAAAAGAUAUCACUCUAAAAGCUUAAAGAACAAAUAUGAUUCAAUGAAAAAAGAUUGGCGCAUUUGGAAAUUUUUAAAAACAGGAGAACCCGAUUUAGGUUGGAAUCCAACGACCGGAAAGCUAGAUUGUCCAGAUGAAUGGAGAAAGCCGAUGCCAAGAAAUACCGACAUAAGGGAGUUUGUCCACUUGUUGAAGAAAAAUGGGAUCAAUUGUUCGGAGAUGCAGCAUAAUAUACAAAAGGUUCACGAAAACCAUUCUGAAAUUAUGGGUUUGAUCAAGAAGGGUAAAGACACGAAAAAGGAUGAGGUAGGAACAAGUAUUGAUGAGAUAAUGGAUAUUAUGAACCGAAUAGUUGCAAAUGAUGAUGAUGUUGAGGUUGGUGGAGAUAUUUGGUGUCAUGCAAUGCUUAUGUUGCGGGAUCCCACUAAUAGGGAAAUAUUCUCCAAGAUGCCAAGUGAUGAUGCUAGAUGGGCUUGGUUGAAGUUUGCUCAAACGAGAAAUAUAUUUUGA